AUGAAAGUCAAAGAAGGAUGGAUUUGUUGCAUGCUCCCUAUCUCUCGGGCGAAACUAUUGGAAAUUGUCGAAAGGGCUAAGGAGAACGCAAUGAAGGUCUCGUUCCCAUCAAUCGUCCCGGGUAUGCCAAAGUCCUUGGACAUCCAGCCAGGCCUGACUAAAGAAGGGUCAAAUGGAAAGCCGGAACCAAUUGCCCCCAAGGAUUGGCCCACACUGGUCCGUCCCUGGCUGGAAUCCAUGGGAGAUCUUACACAGGACAUCAGGAAGCAGUAUGAGGAGGCUCGCGAAUGGGCUGCUGAACACCCUCGCGCUGCCAUAUUUAUUGUACUUGUUGUAGCAGGUGUCCUGGUUGUCGUGUUUGCCAAUCCUAGUCUUGUCUACGAGCCCAUGCUGAAUUUUAGUGGAUUCACUUCCAAAGGUGUAUCGAAAAAUUCGAUCGCAAGCGCAGUGCACUCCUGGAUUGGAAACGUACAGGCUGGGACCUUUUUUGCCGGCUGCCAGAGUGCAGCAAUGGCUGCAACUGGAUAUGGUGCUGCCACUCUUGGUGCUGUCACUCAGACCGGUGUCAUCCUGAGUAUCAGUGGUACGGCUUUGGCCAGCAAGUGGCUGGGGUCAAAAGAGCGUCGUCUCCUAGGGCCGAAACUGUGA